ACGCCGAAUCGGACACAUCAAAAUUCAGUAAUUAAAAAGCUAGCAAAUUUUCAUCUCUUUCUUGGUCUCCGUUCUAAAAGUCCGACCAGUCUUCACACAAACUAUCGAGAAAUCAAAAACCCUUCUUUCGAUCACAUAGAUACAUAUAUCGAUUUGCAUAGGCAUCAACAACAUGUUAGAAAAGAUUGGAUUGCCUUCAAGACCAUCUUUAAGGGGAAAUACUUGGGUGGUUGAUGCCUCACAUUGCCAAGGCUGUUCUUCCCAGUUUACUUUUAUUAAUCGCAAGCAUCACUGCCGCAGAUGUGGGGGAAUCUUUUGCGGUAGCUGUACUCAGCUUAGAAUGGUCUUACGUGGACAAGGUGAUUCCCCAGUUCGCAUCUGUGAACCCUGUAAGAAGCUAGAAGAGGCAGCUCGUUUUGAACUGCGACAUGGACACAAGAGUAGAGCAGGAAGAGGUGGUCCUAAACUUUCAUCCAAGGAUGAGGAUGAAGUCUUGAACACUAUUCUAGGUAAUGAUGGAAAAGACUCAUCCUCUUUAGGCAAAGAGUUUAAAAUUCUUGCAGGCAGUCAACGUUCUUCAAGCAGUGCAUCCUGUUCAAAUAUUCAGGAAGCUGCCACACAAGAUGAAGGAGCUAUACUGAGAAGUCUCUCUGUUGGUGUGACUGAUAUGGGGUCAACUACUCCUGAUGAACUGCGGCAGCAAGCUCUUGAUGAAAAAAAGAAGUAUAAAACUCUGAAAGCCGACGGAAAGUCGGAAGAAGCUUUGAGAGCCUUUAAAAGGGGAAAAGAACUUGAGAGGCAGGCUGGGGCACUGGAGCUGCAGUUAAGAAAAAAUCGGAGAAAGGCUUCGUCUUCCAUAAGCACAAAUGAUAUCUCUAGAACUAAAGAAGAUCUUGCAGAAUCGAUCAAGAUAAAUAAGCUCUCUCCCCAACUGAGUAAAGAUGAUGACCUUUCUUCCGAACUCAAAAAAUUGGGAUGGUCUGAUCUGGACCUUCAUGAUGCUGAUAAAAAGCCAGUAAAAGUGAGUUUGGAGGGUGAACUUUCUAGUCUUCUUGGAGAGGUUUCUACGAAAUCUAAUACCAAGAAGGUAGUGGAUGGUCUUGAUAAGUCUGAAGUUAUCGCUAUUAAAAAAAAUGCUCUUGCACUAAAGCGUGAAGGAAAGCUUGCCGAGGCCAAGGAAGAACUGAAAAGAGCUAAAAUUCUGGAAAAACAGAUUGAGGAACAGGAAUUUCUGAUUGAUGCUGAUGAUUCAGAUGAUGAGCUUUCCGCUCUGAUUCAUAGCAUGGACAGCGAUAAACCAAACCUCUCCUCUAGGAACGUUCCAGAUGUUAAUUUUAAUUUUGAGAACCUUGUAGGUAUUGCGGAUAAUCUUGGUGUUGAUAAUUUAGAAGUGACUGAUGAGGAUAUGGAUGACCCUGAUAUAUCUGCGGCUUUGGAGUCGGUUGGUUGGACUGAAGAUAUGGAUGAAACCAACCUCAACAGCUCUGAUUCACUUGCGACAAAUUCGAAGACACAUGGUCAGAUGACUGUUCAAAAGGAACCACAAUUUGCAUCUGUAAUAAAGAAACCAACUCAUGUGGCACCAAAGAGUAAAUUGAUGAUUCAGAGAGAGCUCUUGGCUCUAAAAAAGAGGGCCCUUGCCUUGAGAAGGGAGGGCAAGGCAGAUGAGGCAGAUGAAGAAUUAAUGAAAGGGAAGUUUCUUGAGCAACAACUUGAAGAGAUGGAUCAAUCUUCAAAAGUGAAGAUCCCGCAAGUAAAAUCUGGUAAUAAGAAUGCUAACUCUGAAAUUUUGGAUGUUGGGGAUGAAGUGGAGGAUGUGACAGAGCAAGACAUGAAUGAUCCAUCAUUUGCUUCACUUUUAAAUAAUCUAGGAUGGAAGGAUGACGAGAAUGAGCAUGUUCAAACCCGGCAUGAAGGAAUUACCAAUACACAUGAAAUAACUAAUGAUUUAUCUGUUGCUCAUGUCCAUUCUGGUAAACAAAUUGAGACAUCUAGAAAAAGUAAAGGUGAAGCUCAGAGAGAACUCUUAGGGUUGAAAAGAAAGGCACUUGCACUGAGACGCCAAGGAGAAGCUGAUGAGGCUGAGGAAGUGCUGGAGAUGGCAAAAGUAUUAGAGGCUCAGUUGUCAGAGAUGGACGCGCCAAAACAAGAAGUACCAGCUGAAGGAAACAAACUCCAUAAUGAUGAAACAUACAAUCCACUGAAUAUUGCAGCUGACAAGGGAGCUGUUGGGACUCCUGUAAAAGAUAGCAUGUCAAAUCACUUGCGUCAAACGGAACCUACUGAAGGCUUGGAAAAGAAAGACCAAAUGGUUCAGAAGCCAGAAGGAAAAAGAGAUGAGAUAAACCAUUCUCAGAUGGCUUCAACAAACUUGGAUAGUUCCCCUCAAAAGGACAUACUGGCUCAUAAGAAGAAAGCACUUGCUCUGAAGAGAGAAGGCAAGUUGGUAGAAGCCAAGGAGGAGCUUCGGCAGGCAAAGCUUUUGGAAAAGAGUCUGCAGGACAAUAUCCAGAAUGCAAGUACCAGCUCCAGUUCUAGUGAAGUGUCAGGUUCUAACAACACAGUGACUGCACAAAAAGAAAAAAGUCCUGUUGCAGCUCCAAAAAUGUCCGGUCGUGAUCGUUUCAAGUUGCAACAGGAGUCCUUGAGCCACAAACGUCAGGCACUUAAGCUACGAAGGGAAGGAAGAACAGAAGAAGCAGAGGCUGAGUUCGAAUUGGCAAAGGCACUUGAAAUUCAGUUGGAGGAGCUGAAUUCCAGUGAUUCAAAUAAGCCAUCUAUGAACCUGGCUGAACCUGUAGAUGAUGUAGGCAUCGAGGAUCUUCUUGAUCCUCAACUUUUGUCCGCUUUAAAAGCAAUUGGAAUAGAUGAUGCGAGCAAUGUCCCCAGAGUCCCUGAAAAACCAGAGGUAUCAAAAUCCGCUGCUGGUAAAAUUGACAACUCUCUGGGAGAAAGAACACAAUUAGAAGAAAGAAUCAAGGCAGAGAAGGUCAAGGCACUAACCUUAAAGCGUUCAGGAAAGAAAGCUGAGGCCAUGGAUGCUCUUCGUCGAGCCAAAAUGCUUGAACAGAAGCUGGCAUCUUUAGCUUCAUAGACAGCGUGGUUGCAGGCAGCUGCUUCUGCCCUCGAUUAGUUUAAGGAGCAAGACUGUUGUUACCAGCGGUUGUAAAAUACUGUGAAAAAUACAAGUUAAUUUUAGUUCAUAAGAACCAAGGGUAUGUUUUUUUUUGGAAAUGGUGAUCCUUCAUUGACUGUACUUAUACAAGUGGCCUGAAAUGUAAUUGUUAAAAACUUUUGGGGUAAUUAAUGACUGUUGUGUGGUA